AAAGCCAGAGUGUGGAACUUGAACCGUUAGUGAACUGUGUCCGUGGGGGCGGAGCCAGCUAUUAGGGGAGGAGCCAGGAGUAAGGAGGGGAGACGACGUCUUGUUAAGGAAAUACAACUUAAGGUUCAUUGAAACCAAAGCCACCCAUCGUGGAAGCAGUACUCUGUGAGGAGAAAAAUAAAUCGCAUUUUGGAAAAAAUUGUCUGAGAGACAGAAACCACGAAACGGAAUGGCCUCUGCUAACACUUCCUGGUCUGAAGAGAACUUUUCAUGUCCCAUCUGUCUGGAUGUGUUCAACAGUCCAGUUACCACACCCUGUGGACACAACUUCUGCAGAACCUGUAUAACAAAGUUCUGGGAUGAACAAGUCCGGUACAAAUGUCCUGUUUGCAACAAGAUUUUCAACACAAGACCUGAACUACAGGUGAAUAUCCUCUUAUCAGAGCUGGCCUCUCAGUUUAGAACAUUCCUACGAGUAAAAGAGCAGCAUUGUGUGGAAACAGGAGAAGUUCCCUGUGACGUCUGUACUGGGACCCAGCUGAAGGCUGUGAAGUCCUGCCUAGUGUGUCUUAUCUCUUACUGCCAAACCCACCUGGAGCCACAUCAGAGAGUCGCUGGCCUGAAGAAACAUCGGCUGGUCGAGCCUAUGGACCGUCUGGAAGACAGGAUGUGUAAGAAACACGACCGACUUCUGGAUCUCUUCUGCCAGACUGAACAGGUGUGUGUGUGUCAGUCCUGCACAGAGUCAGACCACAAGUCCCAUCCUGUUGUACCUCUAAAGGAGGAAUAUGAAGUGAAGACGGCCCUAAUGGGGAAGAUAGAGGCUGAAGUUCAUCACAUGAUCCAGGAGAGAAAAAUAAAGAUUAAAGAGAUCAAAGACACAGAAGAAAUUAGCAAGAAAGACGCAGACAGAGAGAUAGCCGAUGGUGUGCAGGUCCUCACUGCUCUGAUGCGCCACAUUGAAAAGUGCCGGGAUGAACUCUAUCGAACAGUUAGAGAGAAACAUAAAACCACGGAGAAACAAGCUGAGGACCUCAUCAAAGAGAUUGAAAAUGAAAUAAAAGAUCUGACCAAUAGAAGCUCAGAGGUGAAGCUGCUCUCACACACUGAAGACCACCUUCACUUCCUCCAGACCUUCAGAUCCCUGAAGGAUCCUCCACCCACCAAGGACUGGACCACGGUGGAGGUCCGUCCUCUGUCAUACGUAGGGACCUUGAGGAGAUCCCUGGAUCAGCUGGAGGAGACACUGAACAUGGAGAUGAAGAACCUGCAUGAUGCUGAACUGAAGAGGGUCCAGCAGUAUGAAGUAGAUGUGACUCUGGAUCCCGAUACAGCUCAUCCAAAGCUCACCCUCUCUGAGGAUGGGAAACAAGUACAUGAUGGAGAUGUAGCGAAGGCCCUCCCAGACAACCCUAAGAGAUUUACUGAUUAUAAAUAUGUUCUCACGAGGCAGAGCUUCUCCUCAGGGAGAUUUUACUUUGAGGUCCAGGUUAAAGACAAGACUGCAUGGUGGUUAGGAGUGGCCAGAGAGUCCAUCGACAGAAAAUGUCAGACCAUGUGGACCCCUGAGACGGGUUACUGGAUUAUUUUCUACUACAAGGAUGGGUUGGUAUUCACUGGAAACCCUUCUGUCCGUCUCUCUCUGAGAGUUGAGCUCCAGAAGGUGGGGGUGUUUGUUGAUUAUGAUGAGGGUCUGGUCUCCUUCUAUGAUGUGGAAGCCAGGGUUCAUAUCUACUCUGCUACUGGCUGCACCUUCAGUGAGCCUCUCUAUCCAUUCCUUUGCCCAUGCAACAAUGAUUAUAAAGGUAACAACUCUGCCCCUAUGGUCAUCUCACCUGUCAAUCAAACAGACUAGGACAUUUGCGAGAUAGUAAAUUAAACAAACGACCAAUACAACUAAUGUUGCUUCCUGAAUUAGAAUCUCUACUAAAUGAGAUCUGACAUAACUGCUUUGUUGUUUGACUGAUGUCAUUUAACAAGGAUGAAUUCAAUAAGAUAAUAAACAUUACUUUUAUUAAAUAUAACCCAUGAUUACAUUACAUGUACAUUUAUGAUCAAUGUCUGAUUUACAGAAUGUUUUAUACGUUUACCAAUAUCAAAUUAUAAAUGUUUGCAGGAAGUACAAAAUGUUGAAAAUGGCUCGUUUAAAAAAUAUACAUAUGUUAGUUUAUGUUUCUCAAUAAUCAAUGAUAACAAUCAAAUGUGUGUUCGAUUUUUAUUUAAAUAAAAAUUUACAAAAAGAAGAA